AUGCACCACCACCUCCUCAUCCUCCUCUUCACCACCCUCCUCCUCAUCACUCGGCGCACGACCGCCAACGUCGAAAAGACCAUCUUCCUCGGCCCCUCCCCUUCCCUGAUUCCAACUCUCACGCCUCCCAUCGACGACUUGGGCCUCCCACGCUUAUCCCCCUCGUACUUCCACCACCGCACAAAGCUCAAUGCCUCCUUCCCCAGCCCCGACUCCGCCGGCACAGACUCAUGGUUCUUCCUCGAGCAUCUGAUCCCCGGUAAACGCUAUGAAGUACGCAUAUGCUGGCUAGCCACUCAACCAACCUCCUUCCACCUGACAACCUACACCCUUCCGCACGCCCUCGAAACCCCGGACCUCCUCGGCGCAAUAACCACCUACUCAACCGCCCGCCUCGCCCACCAACAACACUUGGGCGACAAUGACCUCGCCCUCCUCUCCGAUCUAGACAAACAGGUCCGGUACAGCCAGAAGAAAAAGCCCACCAGCCCCAAAGGAAGGCACAGCGGCGGGAUCGGGAUGCUCAGCAAACAUUCGCGAUUCACGACGGCCAGCAGCAGUCCCGUCGAGGAUACGGCCCCGGUCGCGGACUCGGUGCUGUUCCUGCGAGUGCGCGCCGCGGCGGAUUACUACUCCACCGAUCCGGAGCUCAUGGAGACCGUGCCCCCCGUCGUGGUGGAUGUGAUCCUGGAUCCGUAUCUGGGCAAUGUGUUUCCGCGCAGCUUGGUGCCGACCGCUGGGUGGGUGGUGGUUGUGGCUGGGGUCGCGGUCUUCGUGGCCCGGUGGGUGGUUGCGGAGCUGGGGCGGGUCGUGGAUUCGAUCGCCUCGGAGGAGCAGGAGCAGGAGCAGGAAGGAGAAAUUGGUGGUGAGAGGGAGGCGAAGAAGAUACAGUAA